AACCAAGUUUUGAAGGAAAAACCAGUGUAGAGUUUUCUCCUUACAAUGUUAUUCAUGCACUUGAAAAAGUUGAAUGUCCAUAUGGAACUAUUCCUAUUCAGAGAAGAACCGAAGAUAAUUUGAAUCAAAGUAAAUUUUUACUCCAUGAUCCUUUCCAAACUCAAACUAACAUUCAGACUUAUGAUGCAAAAACUCAAAAUUGGUGGUUGAAGGUGGAAGAUAAGGCAAUUGGAUAUUUUCCGGCAUUGUUGUUUUCUAACUUGACGAAAGCCGAUCAAGUGGGAUGGGGUGGCAUAGCAAUGACUCCAGUUGGUGUUCCUAAGCCUCCAAUGGGAACAGGACAUUUUCCAGAUGAUGAUAGUCUAUUAAUACAUGCUUGUUAUUUUAGGGAUGUUGCAUUUCAAAAUGCAUCUAGACAAGAAGACUAUCCUCUGUUAUAUUUGACACAAUUUUACCAAAAUGCGCCAUGCAAUUGCUACCAUAUUGGUAUUUACGAAUUUCCUGAAAAUUCCGAUCAAUUUGGAGGAUUUGCUGGAAGUUUCAUUCAAUUCGGAGGACCAGGUGGUGAUUGUGGAAAUGACAACUUUUUAAAAUUAUUUGGUUUAGUUUGUGUGAUUAUAAUAAUGGUGUUUGUGAUAAUUUUUUUUCUGAUAUGUCUAAGAGCAUACUUACACAAAUCAAGUGGUUCUUGUUGUGAUGUUGUCGCUGGGAAGUUAUAAAAUACAUGAUGAACUGAUCUUGUUUUGAAUU